AUGUCUUCGCAACAGAGCUCGCAAUUUAGCGUCGAGCGCUACGUCGUCAUUCACGUUGCUACCACUUGCGAUGAGCACGGCGUCUAUGUUACAAAGGACUCGGCCGAGAUUACACACGAAAGUGUCCUCGUUAAGCCCGUCAACACUCCUAUCACGCCUCUGUGCACGAGCCUGACCACCCUCACCUGGGAGCACGUCCGAAACGCGGGAACCUUUAGAGACGCCAUUUCUCGAUUCGACGCCUUUGCUACCGAGUACCUGACCUCCAAGAACCUCGACUUUGCCUUCGUCACCCUCGAUGCAUGGGACCUCCGGGUGCAGCUUCCCCGUGAAGCUCGCGACAAGGCUGUCGUCCUACCCCCCUAUCUGCAGCACUCCCGAACUUUCGAUCUCCGCACUGAAUAUCAACGUUGGCAGCAACAUCACCCCGAGUCUCUACCCUUCGGCCCCUCGAUGCUCUCCAACAUUUGUGCCGCUCUCGAGGUCGAGCCUGUUCAGUCCAGCGCCCCCAUUAAACAUAACCUUCCCUUUCAUCUGCAGGCUUUGGCCCCUGCCUCGCCUCGCCGUGCCAUGGAGGAGGCUAUCACCCUCGCUCGAGUUCUUCGCGGCCUCAUUCGCAAGUCUCAGCCCCCCCAGGAGCACCCCGACGUUCUGACUCGCCCAAUGGACGCCAGAGCCGAUGUUCGUGCCUUUCUUUCCGAGAGAAGCAAAGUUCUUCACAUGUCUGGCUUGCCCCACGAUACCACCCAGUCCGAGCUCGAGAGCUGGUUCACCCAGUUCGGAGGCCGUCCCAUUGCAUUCUGGACUCUUCGAACUCCUGAGCAGCACAAGCCUACCGGCACCGGUUUUGCCGUUUUCUCGUCCCACGAGGAGGCUGCUGAAAGUCUAUGCAUGAACGGUAGAGCUCUCAACGAAAAGGCCAUCGAGGUUUCCCCGUCCUCUAGCAGAGUCCUCGACCGCGCUCAAGAUAUUCUUACACCCUUUCCUCCCAGCAAGAACCGUCCUCGCCCCGGUGACUGGACAUGCCCCUCCUGCGGCUUUUCCAACUUCCAGCGCCGAACCGCCUGCUUUCGCUGCUCCUUCCCUGCUGCAGGCUCUGGCCCAGCUGGCGACAAUUUUAGCUAUGGCGGCAAUGCCGGUGGCGGCGGCUACGGCCCUCCUCAGAUCAUGCCUCCUCCACACCAUGGCGGUCAUGGCCACAUGGGUCACGGUGGGCGCAUGGGUGGUGGCGGUGGUGGCGGUGUUGUUCCUUUCCGUGCCGGUGACUGGAAGUGCGGCAACGAAGUCUGCGGCUACCACAACUUUGCCAAGAAUGUGUGCUGUCUUCGCUGUGGAGCCAGUCGUGCCAGUGCUGCUGUUGUGGCCGAUUCGGGUUAUCCCUCUCCCAUGGAUAACUCGUCUCAGUACAACAUGGGUCAAGGCUCCAUGGGAGGCACUCCUGGACCAGGCCCUUUUAACUCGGGCAAUGCCUUCAAUUCCGGUGCUGGCUACAAUCAGCACUUUGCCGGCCCGCCGAGCCACUUCCUUCCCUCCGGCUUGGCUGGUGGUGCUGGUGGUUACCCCGGCUCCAUGAACAAUCAGGCGUUUGGCCCAGCCCCGGGCUCCCACGGUGCUGGUCCUUUCGAUAGCCGCGCUGCCGAGGCUGCCUUCCAGUCGGCUACAAACGGUCCCGCAUCCGGAGCAGGCCCUGCCCACAACAACUUUUACAGCAGCGGCCCUGUUGGCACUGAGAACAACCCCUUUGCGUUCCUCUCCAGCGGUAUGAGCGGCCUCUCCGUCAGUGCGAAUGACGGCCGCCAAAACGGCGGUGCUGCUCCCCCGAGCAAAUCGGCUGCCUAG